AUGAUUGACAAAGAAAAGAGAACAAUUGCAUUCAUUCACCCGGAUUUAGGUAUUGGGGGUGCCGAAAGGUUAGUUGUCGAUGCGGCAUUAGGUCUACAGCAACAAGGACAUAGUGUAACAAUAUAUACCAGCCAUUGUGAUAAAUCACACUGUUUUGAAGAAGUCAAAAGUGGUCAAUUAAAAGUGGAAGUUUUGGGCGAUUUUUUACCAACACACUUUUUGGGUCGUUUUUUUAUUGUAUUCGCCACAAUUAGACAAAUUUACUUAGUUAUUCAGUUGAUUCUACAGAAAAAGGUGAAUGCAUACCAAUUAUUUAUUAUUGAUCAACUUUCUACAUGUAUCCCGCUUUUACAUAUCUUUAGUUCUGCCACCUUAAUGUUUUAUUGCCAUUUUCCCGAUCAAUUAUUAACCCAAAGAACUGAUCUAUUAAAAAGAAUAUACAGACUUCCCUUUGACCUAAUAGAACAAUUUUCCGUGAGUUCUGCUGAUACUGUCGUGGUAAAUUCAAACUUCACUAAAAACAUGUAUCACAAAACUUUCAAAUUUUUGUCCAAUGAUCCAGAAGUCAUUUACCCGUGUGUGGAUUUAUCAACUAUCGAGAUUGAAUGUAUUGACAAAAAGUUCUUCAAAACGAUACUCAACGAAGGUGAUAGAUUCUAUCUGAGUAUUAAUCGUUUUGAAAGAAAAAAAGAUAUCGCGUUGGCUAUAAAAGCCUUUGCACUUUCUGAAGAUCAAAAUAAUGACAGCGUUAAAUUGGUUAUUAGCGGCGGUUAUGACGAGAGGGUCGCUGAAAAUGUAGCAUAUCUAAAGGAAUUACAGUCUCUGGCCGAUGAAUACGAAAUAUCCUACACGACCAUACAUUAUCAAGAAAUAAAGUGUGUUUUCGAUUUGGAGUCAUUUAAAGCCAAUCAUAGUAAGAUUAUAUUCUUGACCUCUAUCUCGUCCUCCUUGAAGGAAUUGUUGCUAGAAAAAACUGAAAUGUUGUUGUAUACGCCCGCAUAUGAGCACUUUGGUAUUGUUCCUUUAGAAGCCAUGAAAUUGGGUAAGCCAGUACUGGCUGUAAACAAUGGUGGUCCUUUAGAAACCAUUAAACCAUAUGUUACUGGGGAAGAUGAAACUUUCGCCACUGGAUGGCUAAAGCCUGCCGUACCCAUUCAAUGGGCUACUGCUAUUGAUGAAAGCAGAAAAGUGUUGCAAAGUGGUAAUGUGAAUUUUGAGAGGAAUGGACCACUGAGAGUCAAAAAAUACUUCUCUAGAGAAGCAAUGACUCAGUCCUUUGAAGAAAACGUCGAAAAGAUUAUAUGGAAGGAGAAAAAAUACUAUCCCUGGGAAAUGUUUGGUGUUUCAUUAUUGAACUUUCUUUUGCAUAUGUCAUUUCUAAGAAUCCUACCCAAUAAUCCAUGGCCCUUCUUAUUCAUGGCUGUAUUAGUGGUGUUAUAUUUUAGAAAUUACUUAUGGGGAGUUUACUGGGCGUUUAUAUUUGCUCUUUCGUACCCUUAUGAAGAAAUAUGA